GGCGCCUGGCUGAUGGCAGGAAGGAGAAUGGUGUAAAGUAGGAGGGACGUAAGCAUGUAGGUACACUUGGCGUGAGACCCCAGUGUGUUCGUGAACUGCGAAUAACGAGCAAAGGAGGAGCGAUGGCGGUUACGUGCCUCCGAGCUUAUAGCCGAACUUCUGGGCUCCCAUGGAGUGGAGAUGGCAGCUGCCGACUCGAAACGAGGGGUUCCCCAGAAUGGGCAGCCGCGACCGUGACAGAGACAGAGAGCACCUCAUUCCCUCUGCGCCGUCCCUCGAGGAUGGUGUCGCCUACAAGCCGUCCCCCACCUCAUCGUCGUCCGCAUCCUCGUCUCCGGCCGCCUCCACCAUUUCCACCUCCCACCAUUCGGGCCGAGAGGCAUUAUGUAAGGUGAUCCAAAGUUGGGCUUCAAAAAAGUUUAUGACAGGAUGUGUCAUUCUAUUUCCAAUUGCAAUCACAUUUUACAUUACUUGGUGGUUCGUACAUUUUGUUGAUGGAUUCUUCUCACCUAUAUAUGCCCAUUUUGGAAUUGAUGUAUUUGGUCUAGGAUUUAUGACAUCUGUAACCUUCAUUUUUGUGGUGGGUAUAAUUAUGUCAUCCUGGUUAGGAACACCUCUCCUUGGUAUGGGGGAAUGGUUCAUCAAGCGCAUGCCACUCAUUCGCCACAUCUAUUCCGCUUUGAAGCAAAUAAGUGCAGCCAUAUCUCCAGAUCAGGACUCCAAAGCCUUUAAAGAGGUGGCCAUUAUCAGGCAUCCUCGGGUUGGCGAAUACGCCCUUGGGUUCAUCACAUCUACGUUGAUUCUUAAAAGAGAUACUGGAGCGGAGGAGCUUUGUUGUGUCUAUGUGCCUACAAAUCACCUCUAUGUUGGGGACAUGUAUCUCAUUAACUGGAGGGACAUCAUAAGACCAAAAUUGUCUGUCAGGGAAGGAAUAGAGAUAGUUGUCUCAGGGGGCUUGUCUGUUCCACAAGUACUAGCCACCUUGGAGGCAAGGUCGACAAAUGCGGAUGUCUUUAAACUGAAGUGUGCAUCUCCGUAAACGUGAAAACAUCAGCUGUCAUACCCCAUAUAUCAGAAAACGCCAUGGCUUCCUUUUAGUAUCCAUCUUUCAGAGCACCAGUUUUGGCUAUUCAAGAAAAGAACACUAAGAGCUUUUCUUUAUUCUCCAUUCUGCAGUGUUUAGAUUUCUUUUUUGUUGCCAGUUUCACUAAGUUACAUUCAUUGGGUUGGACUCAUGUUACAGUGAACUUGAAAUGUUCAUUGGACGAUUUUGGUGCAAGCUGUCACUCAUUUUUCACCUCUUGAAAAAGCAGAUGCAGUAAACAACGGUGCCCAAGUGUCUGGGGGCUUUAAGAUCUACAACAGAUGCUA